UCUGUUAAUGUGACUAUAUUCUAAUCAUUCAUAAUAAACAUACUCUAUUUCUAUCACUUUUUCAUCAAGACAAAAAAACAAACAUUUAUAUUCUAUAAAAGAGACUCAGCAGCUACAGAUAUAUCCGGUGGCAUAUCGGAGAGUCCAAGAAACAGAGUGCUGUCAUCCAUUAUAUCCAAGAGGGGACCUUAUAGCUAGAAACAAGAACUUAAAGGAGAAUAUCGAGAUGGAUACUAGUAGCGAUUCAAAAAGACACAUGCAGACGUGUUUUUUCCUAGGGAUGCUGUUCUUUUGCAUGGUGGUCGAGUCGGAUGCUGAAUUAUCAGAAAAUUUCUACGCCUCGACAUGUCCUAACGUGGAGCUUAUCGUUCGUCAGGCGGUUGCAACGAAAUACCAACAAACCACCAUCACGGCUCCGGCAACAUUACGAAUGUUCUUUCACGACUGCUUCGUCGGUGGAUGUGAUGCUUCUGUGUUAGUAACGUCUGAUAAUGGAGACGCGGAGAAGGACGCGCAGGACAAUAUAUCUCUCGCAGGAGACGGUUUCGACACUGUGAAUAAAGCUAAACUAGCUGUGGAAGCUCAAUGUCCUGGCCGUGUGUCAUGUGCCGAUAUUAUGGCUCUCGCCGCCAGAGACGUUGUCGUCCUCGCUGGAGGGCCAGGGUUUAAGGUGGAGCUAGGGAGACGAGACGGGCUCGUGUCAAACGCGUCUAGAGUUGACAGGAAGUUACCAGGACCAGAGCUAGACGUAAAUGGUCUGGUCAAUCUAUUCGCUAGUAACGGGCUUACAAUGACCGACAUGAUUGCUCUCUCAGGCGCACACACUAUAGGAUUCUCUCACUGCGACCGUUUCGCUAACCGUCUCUACAACUUCUCAGCGUUCAUGCCCGUAGACCCCACGCUUGACCCGGCCUACGCACAGCAGCUGAUGCAGUCCUGCCCUCGUGUUGGUGCGGACCCCAGCGUCGCCGUAAACCUGGACCUAAACACCCCAAAUGUCUUUGACAAUGUCUACUUCCAGAACCUAGUUGCUCGGAAAGGACUUUUCACGUCCGAUCAAAUUCUGUUUAACGAUUUCAGGUCUCAGGCAACGGUGAUCAGGUUUGCAAACAGUGCUGAAGAGUUCAAUAGGGCUUUUACGUCAGCUAUGAGGAAACUCGGCCGCGUUGGUGUUAAGGUUGGGAGCCAAGGAGAGAUCCGUAGGGAUUGCUCUGCUUUUAACUAAUUUAUGUCACAAAUAUUUUAAAAACAUACGAAUUCUCCUGUUUUUUUUUUAUUAAUGUUUGUUAUAUUAAAAUGUCAUAAUCCACAAUGGAACUUGUUAUAUUGGAGUUGUAAAAGCUAUUUCUCGGGAUUGAAAGAAACAUUAUUUGAAAAUUUGAAAUACAAGUACAGUGGAAUUCAUUUGA